AUGGCCAUGCCUUCAUUCUUGGAGGAGGAUACCACGUUGAUUGAUGUCAACCGGGAUGACCCAAGCAGCAGCAGCGAAGGGGGUGGUAGUGAUGGUGAUGAUAAAUCAAUUCUUGCCCACGAAAUAGAAUCCAAGAAACCACCCACAUAUUCUAGAUUCACACAACAAGAGCUCCCUGCUUGCAAACCAAUCAUAACUCCUAAAUUAGUCAUUGUAUCCUUCACUCUUAUUGGCUUUCUCUUCAUUCCAAUCGGUAAAACAGCCUUGUCCGCAUCAAACAAUGUGGUUGAGAUAGCGAAACGCUAUGACAUGGAAUGCAUUCCUGAAAUAUAUAGCAAUAACAUUCUCCACUACAUCCAGAGUGUCGGAACAAACAAGACAUGUACCGUGAAAUUCACGGUACCAAAGCACAUGAAGGGUCCUGUUUUCAUCUACUAUCAGCUCACCAAUUUCUAUCAGAACUACCGCAAAAUGAGCUAUGGGGUGCCACUAAGAUCAAGGAUCAAGGACACUAAAUAUAUGGGUAGUCGAAGUGAUAGGCAGCUGACGAGCAAAGCAUAUGAGGGUGCUGAAUUAGAAAAAUGUGAGCCACUAGAAAAGGUGGGCGAAGAGCCAAUUGUUCCUUGUGGCCUUGUUGCAUGGAGUAUGUUUAAUGACACAUAUAGUUUUUCUGUAAAAGACAAGGCCUUGAUAGUCAACAAAACGAACAUAGCUUGGGAAAGUGACAAGGAGACUAGAUUUGGGUCUGAUGUGUAUCCUAAAAAUUUUCAGACUGGGGAUGUGAUCGGAGGUGCAAAACUGAAUUCAAGCAUACCUUUAAGUGAACAAGAGGACCUUAUGGUUUGGAUGCGAACAGCAACACUGCGAAAUUUUCGAAAGCUUUAUGGAAGGAUAGAUGUGGACCUUGAAGCUAAUGAUGAAAUUGCAGUUGAAAUACAGAACAAUUACAACUCAUACGGUUAUGGGGGCGAGAAGUUGCUAGUCCUUUCUACCACAAGUGCAUUUGGUGGGCAAAAUAAGUUCCUUGGCGUUGCAUAUCUAACAGUUGGUGGAUUUUGCUUUUUCUUUGCUAUAAUCUUUGCGAUUAUUUAUCACUUCAAGCGAAGGGAGAUUGGGGAUACUGCAUACUUGUCUUGGAACAGAAAUCCAGUAGGAUAUUAUAUGAAAUGA